AUGGCUCUCGACUUCUUUGGAGAAGAGGAAGGAGCCCUUGAGCGAGCACAAACGAUCUUUACCGCGUUUGCCAAGAUGGAGACACGGCAAGGAGAGUAUGAGCGCGCUCGUAUGAUCUACAAGUAUGCGCUUGAGCGGAUUCCGCGUGCUAAAAGUGAAGGAAUUUAUACCAGUUAUACCCGUUUUGAGAAGCAGUUUGGAAGUAUUAAAGGAGUUGAAGAUACUGUGACGCAAAAGCGCCGAUUACAGUAUGAAGAGGAAAUUGAGGCAGCCGAUGGGGUCACUGGGAACUAUGAUAUAUGGUUUGACUAUUCGCGCCUAGAAGAAGAAUCUUUUCGCUCUCUCGUCGAUGAAGGUGCCCCUGAAACAAUGCUGGAACUUUCUCGAGCGAAAGUACGCGAUGUAUACGAAAGGGCCAUUUCUAAUGUCCCGCCUACAACUGAGAAGCGUCUUUGGCGACGCUAUGUGUACUUGUGGCUAAGAUAUGCCCUGUUUGAAGAACUAGAUGCGCAAGACUUAGACCGUGCUAAGAAGAUCUACGCAGCAGCCGUCUCUGUUGUCCCUCAUCGCGAGUUUACGUUCGCAAAAUUGUGGCUGAGUUAUGCUCAAUUCGAGGUGCGACGACUAGAUUUGACACUCGCACGCAAGAUUCUGGGAACUGCCAUUGGCCUUGCGCCGAAACCAAAACUUUUCAAGGGCUAUAUCGAGCUGGAAUUGGCACUUAAAGAAUUUGACCGUGUGCGGAAACUGUAUGAAAAGUUCCUUAAGUGGGACCCAAGCAGCUCGGCAACUUGGGUCAAAUUUGCGGAGCUAGAGCAAAAUUUGUUCGAUGUUGACAGAGCACGUGGAAUCUACGAACUUGGUAUUCAUCAGGCAGAAUCAGAUCAUGGUGGAUUGGAUAUGCCAGAAGUUCUUUGGAAGUCGUACAUUGACUUUGAGUUCGGCGAACGCGAAUUUGAGCGUGUUGAUGCAUUGUAUGAACGUUUGCUAGAGAAGACGGGCCAUGUAAAGGUCUGGAUCAGUUACGCCUUAAACAAGAUGGCUUCUAUAAUUGCACUCGAAGAAGAUGAAGAUGCGGAGGCCCAAGAAAACGGUGAGGAAGUGGUUCUCUCGGCAGAGCGACAGGCUCAGCGGACGACUGCACAUGUUCAAGCCGCCCAAGAGACGCGUUCUGUAUUUCAGCGUGGCCUUGAAAGUUUGCGAAAUGAAGGAUUGAAGGAAGAGCGAGUCGUUUUACUCGAAGCAUGGAAAGCAUUCGAAGCCGAACAUGGCGACAAGACAUCCAUGGACAUUGUCCAGAGCAAGAUGCCACGUGUAACCAAAAAGCGUCGCGAAGUGCCGGGAGGCGAUGGUGCCAUGGAGGAGUACUAUGAUUUAGUCUUCCCAGAGGAAGAGGAGCAAAACAAGCCUGCUUUGAAACUUCUAAAGAUGGCCCAUGCUUGGCGCGCCCAACAGCAACAGCAAUCGUCAACUUGA